GGCUUGAGGAGGCGGACGCACAAGAUGGCGGCCCCAGCGGUCCCGGCGGCCCUGGCGGCCCUGGCAGCCCCGGGGUGGCGGUCGCGGCUCGUGCUCGGGCUCUAGGGCGGGCGGGGCUGGGGUCAGGAAGCAGGCUUACACAGGUGAGAGGAGGUCGGGGCGGUGCCGCCGGGCCUCCUGGGGGUGCCAGGCCCACUCGCUGCAGCCCCCGGACCCCGCCGCCUCCCCAUCCCUGUCCGUGGUGGAAGUGAAGAAGGUCAGGUCCGUCGCCCCACCCCGUCCGUCCUCGCCCUAGCGCGAACGCUGCGCAGUGGGUGGCUCACUACCACUGACUUAACACACGUGCAGCCUCCAUGGCGGAGAAGAUUAACAUCCACGCAGGAGAGACGGCCAAGGUCGAGGACAGAGACCUGCUGGGGAACGGCUGUCCUCAGCAGGACAGACCUCCGCAGCGCUCGUGGAGGCAGAAGUGCGCCUCCUAUGUCCUGGCCCUGCGGCCCUGGAGCUUCAGCGCCUCACUUACCCCGGUGGCCCUGGGCAGUGCCCUGGCAUACAGAUCCCAAGGCGUCCUGGAUCCCAGGCUGUUGGUGGGUUGUGCCAUAGCUGUCCUCGCGGUGCACGGGGCUGGCAAUUUGGUCAACACUUACUACGACUUUUCCAAGGGCAUUGACCACAAAAAGAGUGAUGACAGGACCCUGGUGGACCGAAUCUUGGAGCCCCAGGAUGUCGUUCGGUUUGGAGUCUUCCUCUACACCUUGGGCUGUGUCUGUGCCGCUUGCCUCUACUGUCUGUCCCCUCUCAAACUGGAGCACUUAGCGCUCAUCUACUUUGGAGGCCUGUCUGGCUCCUUUCUCUACACAGGCGGAAUUGGACUCAAGUACCUGGCUCUGGGGGACCUCGUCAUCCUCAUCACGUUCGGCCCGCUGGCUGUGAUGUUCGCCUACGCCGUCCAGGUGGGGUCCCUGGCGGUCUUCCCACUGCUCUACGCCAUCCCCCUCGCCCUUAGCACGGAGGCCAUCCUCCAUUCCAACAACACCCGGGACAUGGAGUCCGACCGGGAGGCUGGCAUCGUCACCCUCGCCAUCCUCAUUGGGCCCACGCUGUCCUAUGUGCUCUACAACACCCUGCUCUUCCUGCCCUACCUGGUCUUCAGCAUCCUGGCUGUGCACUGCAGCAUCAGCCUGGCUCUGCCCCUGCUCACCAUCCCCAUGGCCUUCUCCCUUGAGAGGCAGUUCCGAAGCCAGACCUUCAACAAACUGCCCCAAAAGACUGCCAAGCUCAACCUUCUGCUAGGCCUCUUCUAUGUGUUUGGCAUCAUCCUGGCACCAGCAGGCAGUCUGCCCAAACUCUAAGGGGAUCAGUGCCCCCCUCCCCACAUACAACGUGCCCUCCUUUCUUAGGAUGUAUUGAAGGCAGUGUCUGAGGAGAGAAGGUGAUUCAGCACCGAGGGGCCUACAGAUGGCUUGUGAACUCCCACCUUUUUUUAUUAUUACAUUCUUAAAGAAAAUGUUUUGUUUUUGUUAUUUUAUUCCGUUUUAUGGGGACUCCGGAAACCACUCUGGCCUCAGAAAGUAAACCGGACACACAGCCCUUGUUUUAUUUAUAAUUUCCACUAGAGGGUGUUGUCAGGUUACUUUCAAGUGGAUUAAAAUGCCCUGAGACUCGGCGAAGGAGCCGCCAGGAUUGGCCUCCUGUCCCGAAAGAGCUGUAGUAACUGAGCCAAAUGUCCUCGGUACCUUGGUCUGUCAGGAUGUGUGGUGAUGAUCCCCCGUGACCAGGAGCGCCUGUCUCACCCUGAGCUCUCGGGUCCAGUAAUGUGCCGCUUGAGAGAAGACGUCGCUCAUUAACCGCCCAACUGGGCUCCUGGCUUUUUGCCUACAUUGUGACUCAAACCCUUUCAUCUUCCCUUCACUUAUUGCCACAGUUGAGGAAAAGCGUCAGAUUGCCAGGCAGCAAGGCAUUCGGGCUGGGGACUUGGAAGGAAUUUAAAACCACCCUGGAGAUAGCUGAGAAAAUCACUCUGCUUUUGGAGAGAAAACUGGCAGGGCAGCUGGUUUCCCUGUGGAACCCACUGGUCUGACAGGAAGGGACCUCGCCACCACCCACCUCCCCGUCCUUUUAGUAACUAGUAGGUGCUCUGAAACUGGGGAGGUCUGCUGUCCUUGCCUGCUACUGGAGGCCCACAGGGCACCUCUCUUUGUCCUUCUUUGCUGUUUCUCGUGUUUCCCUAUCACCACCCUCCAUUUCUUCCUGGUCCUCAUUUGUGUGUUUCCCAUCCGUUGUUUAGUUGCUAAGUUGUGUCCGACUCUUUGCAACUGCAUGGACAGUAGCCUGCCAGGCUCACCUGUCCAUGGGAUUUCCCAGCAAGGAAUGCUGGGGUGGGUUGCCAUUUCCUUCUCCAAUCUAUGGAGCCCUGCUAUUUGGGCAGCAGCUUAGCAGAAAUGAGUCAGGGAUGGUUGCCCCUUUUCAGAGAACCACAGGAUGAGCUGACCCAGGACAGUAGCCCAUCCUUGAGUGAAUAAGCCAGUGGUCAAACAGUCCUGACCCUGAUCACCCAAAAUGUCAGGCCUACCAGUGAAGAAACUACGUCUUCCUCCUUCUGUCCUAUACUGACCCAAAUUCUCCCCAAGGCUUGUCUUGCCUUGUGUGGGAUAGUUUGCACCCAGAGUGGGGAGGGGGCAGAUUCCAAAGUUGAUCCAAGUUGCUUUUCAUUUCAUUGUCCAUGCAAUAUAGCUUUCUGGGCUAGAAUUGCUUGGUUGCCUUGGGUCCAAGACAGAACUAGAUUGAGGCUGUUGUCAUCAUUUUUUUUCUGUAGUGAUUAAAGCCACUCUGGCAGGUAUGUCAGGGUCUUGACCUGCAGAAAAUAACAUCAGAACCAACUCUUCAUCCUUAACAUCAGGCCAAUUAUAACUUGGCUUCUUGAGUUAGAAUUAGGCAUCUUACUUGGAAAAAACACAUUUGCAGAAGUGGGAAGUUACAGUUCUUCUAAAGUUGAUGGUGGUCUGUCGGCAGAGUUCCAGAAUCCUCGAACAGUGGUCAGAGCCCAGUAAGGAGGGCGAGGAGGACAGCACUGUCACCUGCCUGUCUUCCCAGCACCAUUUUCGUUUUAUGCCAGGCUUGUGGCAUUUUGGUGCUCUCGGGAGUCCUGCCUUCAAAGACCAGCAGGGCGUUGUCACAAGUCUUAGCCCUGAAGCUGUGGGCCUGAGGGCUCCCUGUGUCCACAGACCAGACCACCUUGGUAAGGCCUUCUGUCGGGGCUGUCAGUUAACUGCUGCACUGUUUCUGGUGCAGGUUUUAAUGCAGAUUUUUAUAUAUAAAUCUUUCUAAAAGGCCAGAUUCGGUGCCAGGCUUUAUAUGCAGGUCCCUAUAAUUUGUAUUACACCCCUUGAUUCAAUGAAAGUUUUCUUUAGACUUGUUAAUAAAACCAUUUUUUUUAAUAAAAAAAAAAGGAAAAUGUG